GGCAGCUCGCGCAGGUCCGUCAUGGCGUCUGUAGAAGUCAGUCGUAGCCUACACAGGUCUCGCUGGGAUCAGGAGGGGCAAGCCCCGCGGCAGGACAAGUUUUCGGUGCUUUUACCCACCUACAACGAGCGCGAGAACCUGCCGCUCAUCGUGUGGCUGCUGGUGAAAAGCUUCACUGAGAGUGGAAUCAACUAUGAAAUUAUAGUCAUAGAUGAUGGAAGCCCAGAUGGAACAAGGGAAGUUGCUGAACAAUUGGAGAAGAUCUACGGGUCAGACAAAAUUCUUCUAAGACCUCGGGAGAAAAAGUUGGGGCUAGGAACUGCAUAUAUUCAUGGGAUGAAACAUGCAACAGGAAACUACAUAAUUAUUAUGGAUGCUGAUCUCUCACACCAUCCAAAAUUUAUUCCUGAAUUCAUUAGGAAACAAAAGGAGGGUAAUUUUGACAUUGUCUCUGGAACUCGAUACAGAGGGAAUGGAGGUGUGUAUGGCUGGGAUUUGAAAAGAAAAAUAAUCAGCCGUGGAGCCAAUUUUAUAACACAAAUUCUGCUGAGACCAGGAGCAUCUGAUUUAACUGGAAGUUUCAGAUUAUACCGCAAAGAAGUUCUACAGAAAUUAAUUGAAAAAUGUGUUUCAAAGGGUUAUGUCUUCCAAAUGGAGAUGAUUGUACGAGCAAGACAGUUGAAUUACACUAUUGGCGAGGUUCCAAUAUCAUUUGUGGAUCGUGUUUAUGGUGAAUCCAAGUUGGGAGGAAAUGAAAUAGUCUCUUUCUUGAAAGGAUUACUGACUCUUUUUGCUACUACAUAGAAGAAAAUUACCCACUUACAUUUAUCAUACUCAUUUCAAUUAAAGCAUAAAAGAAGCCCGGUUGGUGAUUUAUAUAAAAUGUACUCUUAAAGCAUAAAUCGUAAGGUAAGGUAAAUUUCACGUGAAUCUUUUUUUUCCUGAAGAAACGCCACCACUUAGUAUUUCAAAUUAAAUUAGAAAAAUGAGUAGUUUUAUUGAUUUUUCAUUUACAUUUUACUGUAUUAUGAUCUAUAAAUAAAUGUAUAUGAUUUUCUUUUGCA